UCAAAAUAAAUCAUGACGUCAUCCGGCCAAAUCCGCAGGAUUCUAAAAAGUACCCAUAAAACCCCCUAAAAAUAACCGACUUUGGCUCCGGAGCUCGGAUGAUGUAGAACGCCCCCUCCCCCUACGGGACCCGGGGCAGCCCGACAGGGCCCGUGAUGUAACUGUCUUCCAUACAUACAUUUAUUCGAAAAAGUUGUAAGGUUCGAAAUUUCAUACAUAUUUUCUGGAUUAUGGAAAAUGUUCACGAAACUUUCCAAUUUUACUACAUGACGUCACAGUGAAAACCUCAGUAGACAACCCAUGUAUGACUAUCACGUGACAUCCAAUUGGCCAAUGAAAAGAGAAAAUURACUUGAUGAGUCAUACCCGGAAAUAUGAAAAAACGCUGAUAAAGCAGACUGAAGCCUUGGACUCGAUACAAGGAAACUCUCAUCAUCGUUUCAUUAUCGAUUUAGUGUUAACGCUUUUUGUAGCUGUGUGUUAUAUUCAAGUGAGAGAAGAUAAAAUAUCACGGAUCUACUAUCGACCAAAGACGUGAACUCUUUUCUUGUCGUUUGACCACAGGCAGCCCAAGCAAUUUAUCUGCUGUGUGUACGAAGGAAUUUACAGUAAGGGGCGAGGUCAAAACAAUGGUUCAAAAUAGGCACCCAAUUUUAUGAAUUAAGGUGGUGGGUACUGGUACAUACCCCUCCCCUCCACUCCAGAGACCUGUUCAAAUGCUUGAUACUGGGGGUGUGUAGUGGCGAUUCCUAUACACAAAUAUGCUUUUAGCAUACAUGCACACAGACUCCAUUCAUUUCUGUGAUGUACCUCUUAGUUUUGGAGAUAUUUGGGGACAAAAUCUAAGAUUUCACUUCCAUAGGUGGUAGGUACCGGGUAACUUUUUUUUUUCCAAUCAUAUAUUUUUUGCUUCUAGUAGUCCCAUACAUUAACUGUAAAUCCCUUCGUACACACCACAAAUAUAUAUUGCUUGGGCUGCCUGUGAAUUGACAGAUCCAUGGCGUCCAAGACGUUCACAGACAGGGAGCUGAACUACUUUCGUAUUUGUUACAUUGUCACGCGUGCUGUACCUGAAGAGCUGAGAAAAUUCUUUAAACAAGAAUGGGACAAGUUUUUCAAGGCUACGCAUGGAGAGUGGCGUGACACAGCCAAGAAUGGAAACGAUUUCGAUAACAUGGAGUCGCCGAGAAAUAAGAGUCGAAAUGCAAGGCUUCUGUCUGUAAUGGUGAAUGGUAACACCAGUGAAUGGGACUGUACUUGCCUCUUUUAUGCUAUUCUMYACUCRGAUUCUCUUGGAAAAUCUCUCAAACAUAGUCCUGCAUGGAGAAGCAUCGACGCAUUACGAGAAAUUCGUAAUGAAGUUUUUGCCCAUACCAUCGAUGGAAGCCUCGAAGAAGUGGAUUUCCAAGCUUCUGUUCAAAAAGUUUUAACGGCGUUUUCAACCUUGAAGCUGGAUSCUUYAGCAAUAGAASAYAUGAAAAACCAAAAWAUGUUCUUGACAGACGAGGUGCUCAGUCUUCAGCAWCAACUUGAAACAGAAAAGAAUCGUAUCGCUGAAUUGUGUUCGUUUUGUGUGUUGCCCCCCAAACCUUCCCAUGAUACCACUGAACGUCCAGAAGAAGUAUCCAGUAUAUACGAAGAGAUGACCAAGUUAAGAAACGCCAAGAAAAAUGAGACAACUGUGACGUAUCUGUCUGGGAAUCCAGGCUGUGGAAAAACUGAGAUGGCAAGGCAAAUCGGGCAGAAACAUUUCAAGAAAGAUGACGAUGAAGGAGCAGAUCUAAGGUUCGUAUUCACUCUCAAUGGAUUCAGCUUGGAUACCUUGCUUCAGUCAUACAUAGAGUUUGGUGGUCAACUCAAUUGUGACCAAGAACUCAUAACAAACAUUAAUACAGCAAAGGAUGUCAGUAACCAGCAGAAAAUCUCACAAAUAAGAGGUUUUAUCGCCACCACAAUACAGACAUAUUCUUCCUGGUUGAUCAUUGUUGACAACAUCAUGGAUCUUAAGUCGGUUUUCCAAUACUUGCCUCAAGCUGGAGAAAAGACCGUUGGAAAAGGUCAGAUCUUAGUCACAACUCAGGACAGUCAAUCCAUUCAAAAAAGUGAUUCCCAUACGUACCAUACGUCUCUAAGCCAAGGAUUGAAACAAGAAGAAUCGAUUGCUUUACUUUGCCAAGUAUCUGGUUUAGAAAGCGAUGACAACGCGUUGGAGGUAGUCAGGGCUCUCGAUUACCAGCCCCUUGCAUUAGCAUGUGCUGCAGUUUACAUGAAACAAAUAUGCAGUGUAGGCAAAGCAAUUACAUGGGGAAAAUAUCUUGAAAAGCUGCAAAAUGACCAACUUGAGGCAACAGAAGCAGCUUAUAAGGAAACAAGUUUAGCUUACCGAUCGACAAUGACUACUGCUGUGAAGUUGGCCUUGGAGAGAGAAGUUAAUAAGAACGAGGUAAUGAUGCAAGCUUUUCAGUUUUUGUCUUACGUAGCUCCCUACCCGAUACUACUGAAAUAUGUCGUUCAAUAUGUUAAGAAGUGCAUGCCACAGCAGGACGAUGAGCUACUGGCUGCAAAGAUAGCUUCUUCAUCGCUUGUCAUUUCUUCCGAUGUUGAGUCCAAAGAGGUUCGCUUGCAUCAAGUUGUGCAUGACUGCAUGAAAAAGGUUCUGAUUCAAAGAAAUACAAGCAAAUAUAUUGUGUUUGACGUGGUUUUGGCCUUUUCAGAUAUUUAUUUUUUUCGUAUGGACAAAAUGUUAGAUUUCCUUGAAACAGGAAAACUUGUUCCCCAUUUUGAGUCCAUCGCAGCAAAGUUACAACCUUUCAUUGAACAAGAAAAUCGACCUUCUUUUGUUAGGGAAUCUGGACUCUGCUCGAAUUUUGCUCUUAUUGCAGAGAGCUUAUCAACAAUUGGAAAAAUCUGCUUGCAACAUAAUAGCUUUCGAGCUUCCAAUACUUACUUUAAGGUCACCUUUAUGAUUCAACAAGGAAGAGUGAAGGAUGAGAAUCAUCCAAUUUUUGCCGUUACACAAACAAAUAUGGGCAAAAGCUAUUUUUAUCUUGGCCAGUAUGAAGAUGCAAGGAUAUGUUUGGAGAGAGCAUUAAGCAUUCAAAGCAAGGUUUAUCCCGACGACCGUCAUCCUUCAGUAGUUAGAACCCUCAAUAUUCUCUCUACUACCAUGCGUUAUUUGGGCCAGUUAGAGCAAGCUAAAGUCUAUUCAGAAAGAGCGAUAACUAUCCUGGAGAGUUUUCAUGAUUCAAUUGACCAAGCGUUGCUGAGUGCCACUCUUAAUAUCCUUGGUGGUAUCUUACAGGAUUUGAGUCAAUAUGAAAAAUCAAAGUUAUAUUUGGAAAGAUCUUUGGCCAUCGAAGAGAGAAUUUGUGGAGAGGAUCAUCCAAGAGUGGCCACUGCUCUUAAUAACCUUGCUUUAACUUUACAAUGUCUUGGGCAACAUGAAAAAGCUAAGGGUUAUUUAGAGAGAGCCUUGUCGAUAGAUAAAAAGGUAUUUGGCGAGAAUCAUCCCGAGCUAGCAGGCAAGCUAUGUAACCUGGGGCAAUGUCUCCUGAAAUUACGACAAUACGCCGAGGCAAAAGAUUACACAGAAAGGGCUGUAACGUUAAUAGAAAAAACACUAGAACCGACGCACCCAUUGUUAGCUAGUUCGCUAUGUUAUCUAGGAACAAUCCUCUCUGUUAUGGGACAGUACAAUGAAGCCAGAACCUAUUUUGAGAGAAGCCUGCCCAUAGCAGAAAAUGCUUAUGGUGAUAAUCAUCCCAAGGUAGCAACCAUACUGAAUUACCUGGGGCUAUGUUUCAAGGAAUUAGAAAGAUACAAAGAGGCGAAACAUUACACAGAAAGGGCUGUAGCGAUAAGAGAAAAAACACAAGGACCGACGCACUCAUCCUUUGCUGAUUCGCUAGGUAAUCUAGGGCGUAUCCUCAUGGAUAUGGGACAGUACAAUGAAGCCAGAACGUAUUUAGAAAGAGCUCUGUCCAUAGCAGAGAAUGUUGAUGGUGAUAAUCAUCGCACGGUAGCAAACACACUGGAUAACCUAGGGCAAUGUUUCCUGGAAUUAGAAAAAUACGAAGAGGCAAAACAUUGCGCUGAAAGGGGUGUAGCGAUAACAGAAGUAACACUAGGACCGACUAACUCAAUGUUAGCUAUUUCGCUAGGUAAUCUAGGAAAUAUCCUCUUUGCUAUGGGAAAGUACAAUGAAGCCAGAACUUAUUUAGAGAGAGCUCUGCCCAUAGCAGAAAAUGCUGAUGGUGAUAAUCAUCGCACUGUAGCAGCCGUACUGAAUAACCUGGUGCAAUGUUUCCUGAAAUUAGAAAAAUUCGAAGAAGCGAAACCGUACGCCGAAAGGGCUGUAGCGAUAGAAGAAAAAACACUAGGACCGACACACUCAUCCUUGGCUAAUACCCUAGGUACUCUAGGAAAUAUCCUCUAUGCUAUGGGACAGUACAAUGAAGCCAUACCUUAUUUUGUGAGAAGCCUGUCGAUAGCAGAGAAUGUUGAUGGUGAUAAUCAUCCCGUGGUAGCAACCAUACUGAAUAACCUGGGGCUAUGUUUCCUGAAUUUACGAAAAUACGAAGAAGCGAAACCGCACGCCGAAAGGGCUGUAGCGAUAAGAGAAAAAACACUAGGACCGACGCACUCAUCCUUUGCUGAUUCGCUAUGUAUUCUAGGAAAUAUCCUCUAUGGUAUGGGACAGUACAAUGAAGCCUUAACGUAUUUUGUGAGAAGCCUUUCCAUAGCAGAGAAUGUUCAUGGUGAUAAUCAUCCCACGGUAGCAACCAUACUGAAUAACCUCGGGCUAUGUUUGCUUAAUUUACGAAAAUACGAUGAGGCAAAACAUUGCGCAGAAAGGGCUGUAGCGAUAAGAGAAAAAACACUAGGACCGACGCACCCAUCGUUAGCUGAUUCGCUAUUUAAUCUAGGAGAUAUCUUCGUGCACAUGGGACAGUACAAUGAAGCAAAAAAUUAUUUAGAGAGAGCUCUGUCCAUAGCAGAGGAUGUUCAUGGUAAUAAUCAUCCCAAGGUAGCAGCCAUACUGAAUUACCUGGGAAGAUAUAACUAGCUAAAAACUAGUGUGAGCUGAGUCGGUGUUUCUAAUGAAACAAUAGUGAAAAAAAGUUCAAUUAUACACCGUGAAAA